AUGUCACUAGAAUCUUAUUGGACUAUAACGCAUGGUCAUGCAAAUCGUACUGGCUGGAGUUGUCGAGAAUGUCGUACUGUAAUCUGCCAAGGUGAACCGAUAGUGAUACGCGAUGGACGAAAGCUUCGUUUAAUGUAUCAUGAACGCUGUUAUAGUGGUAGUUCAGAUCCGCGUACACAAACUGGUAAUUCUUACUACGAUAAUAAGUGGACAAAUGCUCAAUCUAUCCAAGAAAAAGCUCCUCCUAUCAAAGGAUAUGGUAAAUGGAGUUGCAAUGAAUACGGUUACAAAGGUGAUUUGUAUGCAACGGUUCCAAAUAUAAAAAUGCGAUCCAAAUCCAAAGAAUCAAAUGAUACGGUGGCACCACCAUCAGUUAUUCGAAAAAACGGACAUUCGAACUCAUCUAAGAAAACUUCUUAG